CGGAACCAGCCGCCUCACCCCGAUCGCCGCCUGUUUUUCUUCCCCAUUUUGCCCUCCUUCUUUCCAGCUUGCCCUCCACUCCCCGCACAUGCAGCCCCGGAGCCCUUGGCAGUGCCUCUCACUCCCCCAGCCCAGCCCGGCUCCUGGUGGAUUUCAAACUCCCAGCCGUCUUCAUCAUCAUCAUCAUCAUUUUUUAAAACAUUGACCUAUACAUAUAUUUUGUGUUCUUUAAAAAACAGACUUCUCGCAGCCUCGAUGGAAUCAUAAUCAUAAUCCUCGUCCUGCAUAGAUCUGAUAUUUCCCCUCCCAUUUUAAAAAAAUCUAUCUAUAUCUAUAUAUCUCUCAAAGAACACCUCCGUCUCGGUGGGGCCCGAGGAUCAGAGGACGGCCGAGCCCCUUCUUCCUUCCUUCCUCCCCGCAAUGGAUUCCUUCAAAAGUGGGAUGAAUUUGGAAAGGCUUCCGGACACUUUGAGGGCUCCGCCGCCUUCCCACGAGAUGGCCUCCAGCUUCCAUUUGCAGCGGCCUGCCGAAGCCAGGGAACCGCUGGAGAACUCGGCCAGCGAGUCCUCCGACACCGAAGCCCCAGAAAAGGAGCGAGGCGGCGUCCAGAAAAGCGACGACGGCGGCAACGCGGACGAUCCAGCCAAGAAAAAGAAGCAGCGCCGGCAAAGGACUCACUUUACCAGCCAGCAGCUCCAGGAGCUGGAGGCCACUUUCCAGAGGAACCGCUACCCAGACAUGAGCAUGCGGGAGGAGAUCGCCGUCUGGACCAACCUCACCGAGCCCCGGGUCCGGGUGUGGUUCAAGAACCGCCGGGCCAAGUGGCGGAAACGGGAGCGGAACCAGCAGCUGGACCUGUGCAAGAACGGCUACGUGCCACAGUUCAGCGGCCUGAUGCAGCCCUAUGAGGAGGUCUACGCAGCGGGCUACCCCUCCAACUACUGGCACGCCGCCAAGGGCCUGGCCCCGGCCCCACUCUCCUCCAAGAGCUUCCCCUUCUUCAACUCCAUGGCCCCGCUCUCCUCCGCGCAGUCCAUGUUCUCUGCGGCAGCGGCAGCGGCGGCGGCCUCCUCUCCGGGGCCCAUGGCCAUGUCUUCAGCGAUGGGGCCCCCUUCGGCCGUAGGCAGCCCCUCAGCCCUCAACCAGCUGGGUGGCUCCUCGCUCAGCCCGGCAGCCGUCUCCAUGGCCUCACCGGGGGCCUGUCCCUAUGGAGCCCCAGGCUCCCCUUACAGCGUCUACCGGGACACAUGCAACUCCAGCCUGGCCAGCCUCCGGCUCAAGUCCAAGCAGCACUCGAACUUCGGCUACGGGGGGCUCCAGGGCCCCGGAGGGCCCACCCUGAAUGCCUGCCAGUACAACAGCUGACCGGGCCCUGGGUUCCAGUCCGGCUCCUAGCAGAGGAGGAGGAGGGAAGGAGAGGGAGGAAGGCCGGAGACCCCCUCCUUCUCCUCCUCCCACCCAGCCCCAGCCCCACGGAUGCGUUGCAAUCGUCUUCUUCUUCUCCUUCUUCUCUUUCCUUUUCUUCCCCUCAUGCUUCUGCAUUUGUCGUUCUCCUCUGGAUGAUGCGGGUUUUGUAUAAGUGUGUGUUUACUUGAACUUGCAAAGGACUUCUCCUCGGCCCCCUGUUAGUCGAGGAAAUACGGGAAUGCUGAGCAAGGGGAGGGGAGGGGCACUCUUGUUUUUUUGGCUGGGUUAUAUAAAAGUAGGGAACCCCACCCCCUUCAGAGAUGGGAAGAGCUUGGCUUCCUCCCUUGUGCUGGACUUGGAGGGAAAUGGGGCAGCAGCUGCACCGGAUUCAAAUGGGUCCUCGCCACCCAGGCGGCCUUCAAGAAGAAACAAAGGAUCGACCACCUAAAAGCUACAAACACUCCUAGAGAUAGUGGAGGAGAUCUUUUGGAAUGCCUCCUGGACAGAAGGUGGACAUGGAGGACCCCUGGUCACCCUGCCCCAAGUUGAUUCAUGAAUCAGAUGGGAUCUAUAGUCCUUCUUGACACUCCCCCCUCCAUCCCCACCCCACAAAACUAUCUGGAAGAUGCAGGCUUCUCUUCAACUGCCCAUCUCAUCCUCUUGGGAUGUAGAACCCCCUCUUGAAAUGUAACUGUAUGCCUCCUCCCACAUCUAGCUCUUUCUUAUCUGGGGAAGAAGGCGGUACAGAGGGGUCCUCGCCACCCAAGAGGACCAGGUCCUGUCCAAGGUGGCUCCUCCAUGAAGAAAUAAAGGACAGGGCCACCUAAAAGCUACAAACACUCCUCUAAAGAUAGGAAGGCAUGCUUCUUAGUUCAAGUGGAGGACAUCUUGGAAUGCCUCCUGGACAGAAAUGGAGGACCCUUGGUCACCCUGCCCCAAGCUUACACACUGAUCAGAUGGGAUCUGUAGUUCUUCACUCUCCCCCCAUCCCCACCCCACAGAACUAUCUGGAAGGUUCAGGCCCCAACUGGACACUUGUCAUCUCAUCCUUUGUGAUGUAGGCCCUCAUUGAAAUGUAGCUGUACACCUCCUCCCACAUUUAGCCCUUCCUUAUCUAGGAGAGAAGGCCCUGGUAGAUGGAGGGACUCCCAUUUCUCACAUCUGGUGGGAGAAGGAUCUUGGCCUUGGUUGUCUUGGACUUGGUGUGGUUGGAUAUGUGUGGGCUGGAGUUGACAAGGAGGCAAGAAACAUCCUUUGGACUUGGGGCCAGGGUGACCAGAUGUCCUCACUGCCAAGGCAGACCAGGCACUGCAGAAUGGAGGACCUUCCCAGAACAAAAUGGAGGACACCUCCAAUGAAAAGCUGCCAACCCUCCCAGAAAUGUCAACCCAUGCUUCUUAGCCCUGCUCCAAGUGGAUGACUUUUUAGAAUACCUCCUGGACAGAAGGUUGAAAUGGAGGACAGGUCCUGGAAAAGGAGAACAUCUGGCCAUCCGGGGCAGGGGGCAGAAGAGAGGAAGGGUGCCCUUUUUUGGGAAGAAGAGUAGUUUCAUUUGGGCAGGAACCAGGUCAGGGGUUCUUCUGUUAACAUAGGCUGAAACUGAGCAGGGUCAACCACUUCAGGGAUGUUUUGUAGCACCCUUGAGACUCACUGAAAGAAAGAAGUUGUCAGCAUGAGCUUUUGUAGACUUCAGUCUACUUCCUCAGAGGCAUUUGGCCCAAAUGCUUCUGAGGAAGUAGACUGAAGUCUACACAAGCUGCCAACUUCUUUCUUCUCAGAGGUGCUACAAGAUCUCUCUACAUCCUGAUCCUACAGACUAACACACGAUUAUAUCUUUGAGUUCUACCACUUCAGUGAAAGUUCUCCUUCUCUCUCUCUCUCUCUCCUUUUCCUUGUGCUUGGCUGUUGAAUCCGUUGUCAUUUGUCUUGUUUUCCAGUGCAUGGUUCUUCUUAGUAGGAUGUGCUUCUUGUAGCUGAAAGCGACAAGGCCCCAGCCAUUUCCAGCACUAAGCAGUCCCCCAAGUCCUCCUUCUUCCCAAGAAGAGCCCAGGACACUCCCCCUUCAUCUCUUCCCUUUUGAAAAAGGAACUUUACAGAAACCUCUGACCCUUGUCCCCUUCCCACCACACUUUGCAAAGUCUUACCCAGAUAAUCAAAUUAUCAUCCAACCUUAUUUAAAGGUGUAAUUUUUUUUAAUUUAAAAAGAGGGAAUAAAAAGAGAGGGGGAAAAAUCUCCUAGAGAAUCUAGGGAAAAUGGUUUUUAAAGACAUAGAAAAGGACUAUCCUGAAAUGUUGUUGUUAUUGUUGUUGUUGUUGUUGUUGACACUGCAUCAUAAAUAAAGGAGUCGAGUGACCUCACCGAUGGAAAAAUGUGUGAAAAAGUGACUUUCCCCCACCCACAUCUUUGAACAAAACAAAAACAAAAACAAGGAACCCAAGCAAGAAAUCUUGAAAGGUAUUAUAAUGUAAAUGUAAGGUUUUUGUUUUUUUAAUUAAAACAUGAGUUAUUUUCGUUGGCAAAUACAAACCCUAUGGAAAAAUAUGAUUUUUAAAUAUUAAUACGCAUAAAAACGCAUAUGAAGUUUUCUUGCGGACAUAUUUGUUGCUUCUUUCUGUCUCCGUACUUAUUACAUGUAGAUGACCAACCAACCAACCCCGUAAUAUCAAAAAUGCACAAGGUACUUCUGUCCCCCUGUAUUCCCAACUGUGGUAACCUUUAUGCUGGACUUUUCAAUAAUGCUGUUGUGGAGGAUGCAGUAUAUAUAUUGUUUUAUAAGUUAUGUUUUUGUGAUUUUUUUCCAAAAUUAAGAGCAUGGGAAUAAUUAAUAAUAAUAAUAAUAAUAAUAAUGAAUAAAAACCCUCCUGAAAUGUGUUUAGUCUUCCUUUCUAGCUAUGUUAAUGUG